GGAAAUUGGAUUAAAGCGCGCCGCUCCACGCACGCGCGCGCGCUGUUUCUCGGUGCUCUCCAGGUAGUGUGCCCGCGCUCUUCGCAGAGGAAUAAGCGUCUUCUCCCUCCGUCGCCUGUCACCGGUAUAUGGAAGUCAUACUCGUCCCACUACGGCCCUCCGUUCCGCAACCACUACCUGACACCACCACACUGCCCUGCCUGCUGGCUCCCCCUCUCACCACCUCCACCACCAUCAUGGCAGCCGUAGAUACCAAGUCCCUGGACGGCCCCUCUGUCACCCUUACUGUCAGGUUGAUUAUGCAGGGGAAGGAGGUUGGCAGCAUCAUUGGUAAGAAAGGUGAUAACAUCAAAAAGUUUAGAGAAGAGAGCGGUGCCAAAAUCAACAUCUCCGAUGGCUCCUGUCCUGAGCGGAUUGUCACAGUUACGGGCUCAACAGAAGCCAUCCUCAAGGCAUUUUCCCUCAUUGCAAGGAAAUUUGAGGAGGCGGCAACCCCAACACUUCAGGAGCUACAGAACAGCGGGACACAUCUCCCCAAGCCUCCUGUUACCCUACGGUUGAUUGUACCAGCCAGCCAGUGCGGAUCCCUCAUUGGCAAAGGAGGUUCCAAAAUCAAAGAAAUCAGGGAGGUCACAGGUGCAUCUAUUCAAGUUGCAAGUGAAAUGCUUCCAAACUCCACCGAACGGGCUGUGACAGUAUCUGGGACAGCCGAUGCGAUUACGAAGUGCAUCUACCAGAUUUGCUGUGUCAUGAUGGAGUCUCCCCCAAAAGGGGCAACAAUACCAUACCGUCCAAAGCCAGCCAUGCCACCGGUGAUAUUUGCAGGCGGUCAGGCUUACACUGUUCAGGGACAGUACGCAAUUCCGCAUCCUGAUCCGGGUACAGUGCCCGCUCCCACCGCCACCAAUAUGGCGGGCGUGAAACAGCCGACCAACCUCUCGUGCCCCUCGUGUUUCUUUGUUCCCGCUCCGCAGCUGACCAAGCUCCACCAGUUGGCACUGCAGCACGCGCCUCUGCUCCCUGGGCACAGCGUGGGUGCCAUCAACCCACAAGCAAGUCUGACAAUGCGGUACACUAGUGACAUUCCAUCUCUAGCUGCGCUGGCAACAACAAACAACCUGCGGCCAAACACGGCAGCUGCUGCCAUAGCAACAGCAAGUACCACGACAACUGAAAUGACCAUACCCAACGACCUCAUAGGCUGCAUCAUUGGGAAAGGAGGAUCGAAGAUAAAUGAGAUACGACAACUCUCCGGAGCCACAAUAAAGAUCUCAAAUUCUGAGGAGGGAUCCAAGGACCGAUCUGUCACCAUCUCGGGGACGCCCGAAGCAAUCAACUUAGCUCAGUACCUCAUCAACACUAGCAUCCAGAAUGCUCAGUUGCCUUUGCUCUGGAAGAACAUGGCUGUUGCUCCUCUGAACUGAUGUUCUCCCGCUGUGACCCCUCGCAGCACCCCAUGCUGUCACUACUCAGCCACCGCUGCUGCUACUCUCCUAGCUAGUGCAGCUGGUGCACGACAUCUUAUUCUUCGUCUGUAUUAAUUUUUUUGCACACAGUUACGAGUCUCUGCACACAACACACACACUAGUGGUAUAGUGCUGUCUUCACCACUCUCUCUCUCUCUUUUACGAACCGCUUAUAACCUGUCACGUGACCCCCAUCAUAACAGGAAGACUGACAAUCAUCUCACUGGACGAGAUGACCUUAUUUAUUUACUUUAUUUAUUGAGUCGAACCUACUUAUGACGGUGGCGGCUGGAAGUCGCCGGGUAAUAUAUAUGGGUGUGGAAGUGUCCUGGCACAUUCUUGGCCCUACCAUUCUAAAAGUUAGAGGCAAUAUUUUGUAACAAAUGCUGUCGUUGCAAGUGGUUUUUAAGAUGUGCUACCUCUUGUAUGCACAAGAACAGCCUUCUUAUUGUUAUUAUUAUUAUUUUAUUUAUUUAUUUAUUUGUUUAUUUUUUUGUGUGCUGAGAGUUCCGAAUGGUGGUCGACAUGUAACCAGAGCACAGGAACCAUUGGAGUUUUUUUAAAUAUUCUAGUAUUCAGUUGUAUCUUCAGUUGCCCUUUAUUCAUUAUCUACGUACUAUUUACUAUAUUAUCUACGUAAGACAAGAAGUGCAGGUUUUUGUAUUUACUGCUCCAGGUCAGUUUUGGGUUGCUGUGCGACACCUUCUUCGCAGUGAAGAAGGCUAUCGAUAAUAAUUUUUACGACGUUAAGUUUAUGACUGCUUUUGACUGUCUCACACAGGGAUUACGUUGAAGCACACUCUUUACUGACACCAGUGGUACCAACCGUUCCCCACGUAAAAGGAGUUCGCAACCGCUGGAUGUCAUACCAGUCAGACGCAUAUCAGUUGCCAAAUCAGUAGACGUGUUGAGCCAGUUUUGCUUCAUCUCCACUUGUACAAGAUUGGGUACUGGAUUCUAACUAUAAUUUCAAAUGUAUUGCUGCAGUCUUCACCAAAGUUUUACGCUAAAUUCUCUCACAUAUCACGCCGUUGCGGACCAGGAGAUAUUUCCGCUGGAAAGCCACAUAGAUUGUAACACUUUUGAGAGCCCUGUCAUAUAGCAGCCACGUGCUGUGGUUUUUCCCCCCCAAGAGCACUUCCGAGUCGACAGAGCAUGAUUGCUUCACCGAGAGAUCGGGCAGUGACAGCCUUGCCUCCCUUGCUACGAACGCCUUUCUUUUUCCGAGAAGCCUUUACAGCUCAGGCUGUUGGAAGGCCUGUGGGCAUGGCAUAUCAAAGCUGCUAUAAUUAACAUGAACUUGCAACGCACCUCCCCCCGAAAGAAAAAUAGCCCUAGUUCAAAGUGAGCGCUGACCAAUUAGAAGAAACUAUAGAGCCAGAGGGACAUAUCACUAUUAGAGUCAGUAGAGAAGCUCUGCUUCGGAGCACGGUCAAGGAUCUGCAGGAGCUCCGACAUCUCAUAGCUGCGUCAGUACGUAGCAGCUACCCCAAAAAGGAGGACGUGACUAGAAACCAAUUCUUAUAAACAAGUCUUACGCGGAUACUACUUCAAAAUGAUAUGUCGUUCUAGUCUUCUACGCCAGUCUAGCAGGCGGCUUCAAUCGUCCUGGUCUGGUGCUGCUGUCUGCAGACAGUGCAGAUGCCAUGAUGUGCGGAGAGUCAGUGACCAACUUCAUGUCUUUGGGUCUCGUGGAUGUAGAGAAAGAUUUAGACGGGUGAAAUAGCGAGAAAGAGCAAAUAACGCGAGACAAGAUCGAAGCUCUCCGCUCGCUGACAGUGCCCUGGUGCCGAGCUUGUCCAGUGGCUCUAAUCACCGUCACAUUAUUUUUCCACGAAGCAAAAUGACGUGCCAACGUUUUCAUGACAGCCAGCGAAGCUUCGAUGGAAGCGCAAAAGGCAUUUUUGUCGGAGAAUAUAUCCCCGUGUAUAAAGUCAUGAGUUCCCGUAGAAAUUCCUUCAUGAGCUGCAAAUUUCUUUGUUUCCAAACCCCGUAGUUUGAUAUGAGUGUUUUUGUCUUUUGCAAAAGCGUCACUACACUCAAGCUAUGCACUCUUCUCAAUGUACAAAGGACACCAAGAAAUGAAGAAAAAAAAGCGUUACUGUAGAAAAAUACCGGAAACCACCAAGUGUAAGAUAGACGUGAGAUACAGGAUUGAUCGCAAAACCAAAUUUACGUGAAAAGAUCCCACCUUUCGUGCUGUAACGUCGUGUUAGUUGUUUUACAGUUUUUUGUUUACCUCGCAGUAACCCUGUCUUUCUGGGCUGUAAUUUUGAUGUAUAUCUAGCACCCAAUUAUUCAAAAUGCAGGCUUUAUCUGUUACUUGUCCGAAAAUAACAAAUUUCGGUACUGAUGAGAAAAAUUCAAAUGGGACUUCACAUAAAUAUUGACUAAACAUGGGAACAGCAGAUUAGCAUGAUUUUUUUUUUUCCGCUUUGCUAUAUUUGAUGCAUUGAAUAUAUCGAAGUAAAAGUUGGCAACCUAUAUCAAGACAGAAGAAGAAACAUUUUAUUGCACAUUCAAGCAUUUUGCAGUAGGCUUACUAAAGCCUGUUAAUUCAACUAUACAAGCACCGCAUUUUUAGUUCUUAACACAGGAACUUCUGCAUUGUAUCCUGUAUUGUCCUCAGUGCUCUGGCAGUUAAGGACUUGCAUAUUUCAACAAAGAUGUGAUAUCUUCGCACAGUAAUUUAACGGUAACAAUAAGUACUGCAAGUACUGCAAUAUCAGUAUUUAUGUACAAUAACAGGUGCGAGUUAUACAUUGAAACAUACAGUUAACAUACACGUUAGUCUAGUCGUACGCUGGAAAUGGUCUUAUGAGGGCACGCCAUUCUUUCCUGUCUUCAUGCGUUGUCGUAAACGGUGCUAAACAAUGCUGUGGCAGAAUGCAUGACAUGUCAUCUUUUUUCAUUCAAGUAUGUAUUACGAGGACUUUUUGUACAUAUAAUGUCAAGUUGUUAUGCGUUGGGUGCCAUUUAUACAGUUCAUUCUGUGGGUAACUAAGCAAGUCUAUGCACACUGUUAGAUUGAGCAAAUGCAGCUAAAAAAUUUGUCUGCUUUAAAAAAAAAAAUGUCUUAGCCAUCCUAUGCUUCCUCGCGGACAACAGCAUGUUGUGAUGUCGGGUACUUAGUCCCAACAUUGCUCUGUCUUCUUCUUCUUUAUUAUUGUUACUAGUAUUUCCCCUGUCUCUCUUGUGGCCAUGGAGGUUUUAUGCUAAAACAAUACAAGAACAAGCCACAAUCGUUUCAGAUUCGUGUCUGCGGUCAACAGCUGGUCAUGACUGCGGCUACCAUGCCGAAAUCGGCUAACAUUACAAGGUAUAUAUUGUCGCACGGCAUAUAUGUCUGACGGUCACAUGACUUGAUUUCAGUGUUGCAGGACAACAUUUACCAGAAAAUAUAUUAUGGACAUCACCAUACACUAAAAUUCAUGAUUUUGGAUUACGUAUCGCACAAAAGCAACAUACAGUAAGGACAAAUGACUAAGAACAAGAACUAAACUUGCAAUGUGAACAAGAACACUAUCGUCUGAGAAAUAAAGACAAUUCAUGUGACAAAUAAAACAAAGAACGGCUGUGAAACUCCUACCUCCACAACCUUCAAAACCAAAACGUUUUUCUCAUUAGUGACAUGACCUGAUUCUGUAACGUUCCAGUUUCUAAAUUUGCUAAAUGGCAAACCUGCAUAUUGAUAGACAGGCAACAGUGCUUAGCUUCACUAUGUUGCUCAACGUAACCAGUCCAUUAUUUAUUCUGUUGUUGAAUUCAAGGGGGCGCAGUAAAACACCUAGCAUUCCUCAUUUAAGUAUCCAAUCAGCAAUAACAGUAGUAAUCAGUAACAGCAAUCCUUGCAUGCAAACAAUUAAUGUCCCACGGAACAUAUAUCUCAAAAUUGUUUUAGUCAGCUGGCUGGUGAGCUGUGGUCUC